GAUACUUGGCUGCACCAAGUCCACACGAGUCACCACCCGAUGCAGACUCGAUAAAAGGGGCGGAGCGAGAACACAUCCGGGUAUUUUGAGCGAACUUGCCUUUAGGCGUACUUAGGUUUGGAACAGUACUUGGGCUGAGAGUGAUGACGUUUCUCAAGUUCAAAGCGAAGCGAUUUUCACGGCUGUGAAUUAGGUUGGGCUCUAAGGCUGAACUUGCUUCUUUGUAUCGGUUCAUAUCACAGAUAAAAGGACACAAAGUGCGUACUUGUCACCAUGACAACCAACUGAACACAAGAUAUGUCUGGCUUCUACAAAGGCCUUUAAUGUUUUGAUGAGUCAUCAGCAGAACCUUUAAGUAGGAGCCUGAAGACCUGAAGAGAUUCUAGUCUAGAACACACACAUAUCUGCACAGAACUCCAAACACACAUUGUUUUAAAAUCAUUUUACACCAAAAAUGGAUGGAAGAGGAGACGAAUUACCAACUUUUAUGUCCAGACUCUUGGAAAGUCUGGCCAUAUUCAAUUAUAAUCUAAAUAUCCAAGAUAUGCAGAACGCUGCUGGGGAUGGCAACCAUUUCCACAAUAACUGGCAAAAUAUUGACAAUUUUGGUAUUGCCGACAUGGAUGAGGAGUUUGUUGACCUGAAUGGAGAAAAUGAUGAUGUUCUUGUAGGUGGUGCCAACAUUGAUGAUGAGGUCUUUGAUGACCCUGUUGACCUGAAUAGAGAAAAUGAUGAUGUUCUUGUAGGUGGUGCCAACAUUGAUGAUGAGGUCUUUUAUGACCCUGUUGACCUGAAUGGAGAAAAUGAUGAUGUUCUUGUAGGUGGUGCCAACAUUGAUGAUGAGGUCUUUUAUGACCCAGUUGACCUGAAUAGAGAAAAUGAUGAUGUUCUUGUAGGUGGUGCCAACAUUGAUGAUGAGGUCUUUUAUGACCCUGUUGACCUGAAUGGAGAAAAUGAUGAUGUUCUUGUAGGUGGUGCCGACAUUGAUGAUGAGGUCUUUUAUGACCCUGUUGACCUGAAUGGAGAAAAUGAUGAUGUUCUUGUAGGUGUUGCCGACAUUGAUGAUGAGGUCUUUUAUGACCCUGUUGACCUGAAUAGAGAAAAUGAUGACAUUGCUGUUGCUGGUGGAAUCAACAAUGAUAAUGUUUAUGAGGCAGUUGAAGAAGCUGCAGAUGUCCACCAGGACAUCCCAGAAGAGGAUCCUUUGCCUGGAGUCUCCAGUGGAUCCACCAAAAGACCCAGAGAGGAGAAUGUAGAUGAUGAAGCGCACACGAGCAAAAGAAUCAGACUUGCAAACCCUGAUCUAAGGACUGAGUCUGAUAUUGCUCAUGAGGGAGCUGAAGAAGCUGCAGAUGUCCACCAGGACAUCCCAGAAGAGGAUCCUUUGCCUGGAGUCUCCAGUGGAUCCACCAAAAGACCCAGAGAGGAGAAUGUAGAUGAUGAAGCGCACACGAGCAAAAGAAUCAGACUUGCAAACCCUGAUCUAAGGACUGAGUCUGAUAUUGCUCAUGAGGGAGCUGAAGAAGCUGCAGAUGUCCACCAGGACAUCCCAGAGGAGGAUCCUUUGCCUGGAGUCUCCAGUGGAUCCACCAAAAGACCCAGAGAGGAGAAUGUAGAUGAUGAAGCGCAAGAGGGUUCACCUCCAGAACUUGACAACCAUCAAGUUGGAGGAUCCAGGAAGAAGAACAAGAAGAAGAAGAAGAAGAAGAAAAAGAAGAAGAACAAGAAGAACAAGAAGAAUUAGUCCUUGCAAAUUUCGCAAGUCUUCAAAUGAGCAGCAAUGAAGGCUAUCAAUAGACAGCCUUCAUUGUGUGUGUGUGUGUGUAUAUAUAUAUAUUUUAGUAGACCAGACACAGCAGAGGAGGAGGAAGUGAGAGAGAGGCUCCAGCGCCAGGAGAGAAAGUGGCCAACAUGAACCCCAACCAGUCGCAGCAGAUGACUGCCCCUCCCUGAGCCAGGUUCUGCUGGAGGUUUCUUCCUGUUUAAAGGGAGUUGUUUCCUCCCCCAGUUGCC